AGCAGCUGCAGUGUAGAGAGCGCUGCGUGCCUUAUGACUGCUGCUGCUGCAGCUCCACAUUCAAGGCUACAACUCCAGCCUAAUUAAAAACCUCCCUCAGAAAACUCCUCCUGCCCUCUCCACCACCGCAAUGAAGGGAUUUAUCCGAUUGUUCUGAAGUCUCUCUGCUCACAGAAAAUGUGGACUCGGCUGACUUUUUCCCCGCGUUGAGUGAAGACCAGGGAUCCGGACCUGUCGAGUCUCAGCGGCAACUCCUGCAGCAUCCUCCAUAAAAACAAAAUCACCUUAACUCUUUUUUAUUCAUUUUUUUUGUAAAUCUCAGACGGGACAGCGGCUGACUGCAGGCUGAGUAAAUGGAUAAUAACGCUGCAAAUUCGGAGAAAUCUCAGCUGAUACACGAGAAGAGUGCGAAAAUGUAUUCUCUCAAACUACAAAGCUCCUUUCCAGAUUCCAAAGAGCAAUAUCCCGACUUCCCUUUUAAGAAUGGAGGCAUGGCCGGUGCCAUCGAGCUGAAGCGACCCGUCGGCGCCCACUGCCACGGUGCCAAAGCCGCGGUGUGUGAGGAGAGCGGGGACAAGCUGCUGGCCAAGAAGAAACUCUACAUCGCUUCGGCCGUCUGCCUCGUCUUCAUGAUUGGCGAGGUCAUAGGAGGUUACCUGGCCCACAGUCUGGCCAUCAUGACUGAUGCAGCCCACCUCCUGACAGAUUUUGGCAGCAUGAUGGUGAGCCUGUUCUCGCUGUGGAUCUCCUCCAGACCACCCACUAAAACCAUGAACUUUGGUUGGCACAGAUCAGAGAUCCUCGGGGCAUUCAUCUCAGUCAUUUCCAUCUGGAUCGUUACGGGAGCUCUGGUCUAUUUAGCCAUCGAGAGGAUCGUACGCAACGACUAUGAGAUUGAUGGCCAUGUAAUGUUAGUCACCUCCGGGUGUGCUGUCAUCGUCAAUAUAGUCAUGGCCUACAUCCUCCAUCACUCCACCACCUUCCACGCCCACGGCAGCGGUUAUCACCAGAUUGACGAGGGUGGCCAGAGUCCCAUCGCUCACGGCCACUCCCACACGCUCCUCGGUGGCCAUGGCAACACGAGUGUCCGCGCAGCCUUCAUCCACGUGCUCGGAGACCUGCUGCAGAGCGUCGGCGUCAUGGUGGCUGCGACCAUCAUCUAUUUUCGGCCUGAGUAUAAAGUUGCAGAUCCCAUCUGUACGUUCCUGUUCUCUGUUUUUGUCCUCUGCACCACGGUCACCAUCCUUAGAGAUGUCUUUAGGAUACUCAUGGAAGGCUCUCCUAAAGGAAUAGAGUUUAACUCGGUGAAGGAGGUGCUGAUGUCUGUGAAGGCUGUGAAGUCUAUGCACAGUCUGCAUCUCUGGGCUCUGACUCUGGGCCAGGCACUGGUCUCCGUUCACCUGGCCAUAGAGGAGGGUGCUGACGCUCAGUCUGUGCUGCAGGAGGCCACUGAUCUGCUCCACACCAAGUUUGGUUUCCACAGCAUCACCAUCCAGGUGGAGCUCUACUCUGAGGACAUGAGCCACUGCUCCCACUGCCAAGACCCCAGUGACUGAUACUGAAAGACUGGAACCCAACAGGAACAUGGAACGGCUCAGGCAUUAUUUUUCAUUCUCUGUGGGUGAGCUGGAACAGUGACAGCUGCAUUCACCGAUGCAGCUUCCUGUUUAAGGAGUAGAAAGAGUUUUUGGUAGAUUUGUUGUGUUCGCCAUUAAGUCACAAGACAGCGAAAUCAUCCAUGUGUUGGUAGUAGAGUGCUGAUGCUGGAGCUCCAUGCUAACAUGGAACUAAGUCCUCCCAUAAAGACCUUCAUUAAAAAAUAGGAGGGCUGUAUGGUACUCCAGUCCUCAAGUUUGCAUGGAGCUUUAACAAAAUACAAGGACAAUUUCACAAGAAUGAAAGAAAGCCCUGAUGAAGACAGUUUGUCCUAAAAAAUAUGCAACAGAACCAUAAAACCUCCUCCACAAGAUUGUAUGACAGCACGAUUACUGCUUAUUGAUGGAAAAAUAAUGUAUAACAGCAAAAUUUGUUCACCAGACUUGCUAGCUCAUUGCUAGUUUACGGUAGUUGCAAAUAAGUUACGAACCUUUUUACAAAGUCAACUGAGAAAAAGCAUUUUCAUUGUGCUUGAAUGUGUUCAAGUUUGUCUGUGAAAGAGGUUCUAGGCAAUAAGCUGUCAUAAAGUUUACAUUAAUAUGAACAUGACCUGUGUACGAGCAGCAGGGAUCCAUCUUGACAAAAGUAGGAAUACGAGUUAGCAUGGGACGCAAGGACUCUUGGACGAUCGUAGGCCAUGAACACUAGCGCACAGUAUUAGUUAUUCAAGAUUGUCUGUUUGAUGUCUAACCUUUAAAAAAUGAAAUAUUAAAAGUCAAUUUAAGAAAAGCAGCACAGUUUAUAUUUAUGCAACUAUUUGAGGAGAAAACUAUUUUUCCUUCUCCACUCUCUCCCAGUGUGUGAUGCUUUAUGAAAUUAGCUGCUGCUGGUUGAAAACACUGCCUGAUUUUUAGUACUUCACGUAAAUUAAAGAAAACUGCCAGACACAGGGCUAUACAAGAACUUUACUACUUAUUUUCUACUGUAACUAACUUCCCUGAUAAUGUUACUUAUACAAAAUAGUAAUGCAAAAUCCUAAUAUAUUAGCAUGGAGCAUACAAUCAGUGCUGGCUGUUAGCAUGGAGCACCUGAAGUCUUGUUCUACCAGAGACACAUGGAUGACUUUAAUGUCUAAUGUUACCAAACAGCCCGUCUACCGGACACUCACUCUACAGCUCACUGCCAUCUUUGUUCCAUUAACCUGCUUUUCACUAAAGGUCAGACAUGCAUGAGUGCUGCUAGCUGGUCACGAUUGACAUUUUUCAAGUUUUUUUUUUUUUUGCCAAAAACUUUUUCUAUUACUUUUCUAUACUAUUUCUUGACAUAACUGAUCGAAGACUUCAUGGUUAUUUGUCAAUUUGUCUUUUAAGAAAGAAAAGCAUGAAUAAUACCUCUCUAAAAAUAUUAAUUUUGAACAUACUGUUGGUUGACGCCUUAGCAAAAUCACAGACUGAGGGUGUAAGAACUUAAAUCUGAGGAUUGGUCAAUGUCUUGAUAAGGAAAUUAUGAUGAGGGUGAAGUAUAGGAUGAUUAACCAUCUAAAGUCACCUUUUAAUCCAUGAACAGUGCUAUAUUUGCUUCCAAGUGAAACUGACAAGGGGUUCCUGGUUCAAAAACAGGGUGGGGGGUUCGAACCCAGGUUGGGGGAACCCUUCUCUGCGGGGUUCUCGUGUUCUCUGUGUCCACGUGGAUUUUCUCCAGGUACUCCAGCUUCCUCCCACAGUCCAGACAUGCAGGUCAGGUAAAUUGGUGACUCUAAAUUGGCUCCAGGUGUGAAUGUGAGUGUGAAUGGUUGUCUGUCUCUAUGUGUCAGCUCUGUGAUAAUGUGGCGACCUGUCCAGGGUGUACCCUGCCUCUCACCAAGCCAAGAUAUUCGUCAUGUUAUGGACAUGCAAACAUUUUAAUUUGGAGGCAAAUUGUAAAGCGUUUUGUCCAUUAAUGGCAAACUCUAAUUUUUAACCUGGACCUUUUUUUUGUGUCUAAGAGACAACCAUUUUUGAAAUUGGUCCAGUGUUGAGAAUGAUCACUGCAGCCAGCAGCAUUGAAACACGCUGCAACGUAAUCCCUAUGGGCAAUUGUAUACCUUCAAUGUAUGUCCACUUAAAGUGCUUAUGUUUGCCACUGAGAGGUUAUUAUAACUAUCUGACAAUUUUAUGGAAAAGACCCUACAGAGUUAUGAAACAUUUUUCCUUACCCUUUGCUGAUCUGGUCUGGUUUUUGUUGUGUGUGUAACCAAGUUUCUCUCAAAGAGAAGUCUCGUUCUGAAAUCUGGCGGGCUUUUCCUACAUAGUCAGCCAUGACAUCGAAAAUCUUUCAAGCAUGCUUUCAGUUGCAUAAUUGCUUUGAGAAAGCUCCUCUUGAUUGGUCAGAAUUUCCAUGCAGGAAAAAUCCAGGAAGUAAACAAAACUUUGAGGAAGAGUACACUUGCAAGAUAAAUGUGACACUUUCUAAUGUUAUAAUGGAGGGACAAAUACGUGGGUUGAUUUUGGCGCUGGUCAUUGUGGACUUUAUUGCUGUCAUUGUUCAUUUUACUCAAACCAUACAGUUUGUAAAUGAGGCGUGGCUCCAUCUAGAAAACAAUGAUUUGAUGCAUUAGAAACGCCGAUUAUUAUGGCAGCAUGGGAGGAGGUGCACAUUAAUAAUCCUCUGGGACAGGCUAAUGCUUGUUUAACCCAAACAAUGCGUAAUGCCACUGCAGUUGGUUCGGAUCAAGGUUGUAACACGUUCUCACCACAAACAAACUGCACCAGAGUUUGGUUGUAACUGGACCUUGACCACCUCUUCCAGAAAGACAGAGACCAGCUCUUUAAGAAAGUCUCAGUCAGGUUGUUUUGGUGCGCAUGUGAGCGCAAUUGCUGUGUUCACACCUGCCCAAACAAACUGCACUUAAGGGGCAAAGGAGAUUGAGUUCGACUGAACCGAACCAAAAAGGGCAGGUGUGAAAGCACCCUAAAUAAUAUAAAGCUGUGCUUUCAGUACUCCAACAGAAUGAACUCUUCCUGUCCCCCCUCUCUCCCUCUCUCCAGCUCUCGAUAACAUUUCCACUGUUGUUCUUCCUGCAACAAGUCACCUCUUGUGAGAUUUCAGAGCAAGGCUUAUCCCGGAGUGAAACUUUGUCACAAUAACAAUCGGAGCAGCGAAAGAAAGAUAAAUGUUUAUGUUCUCUCUAGGGUCUUCUCCAUUAUGUUGUCAGACACUUCUAAUAACAAUCUGAGCCUGUCAGUGGCACUUGAAGUGGAUGUAAAGAGAGACUGUUCCUCUCAGUACUGGACCAAUUUCAAAAAAUGUUGUCUCCAUUAGUUACUAAGACACAAAAACAGGGUCCAGGUUGAAAAAUUCCAAAGUGUCCCUAUAAGGUAGAGAAAAGAUAUUGAAGUGUAGUUAGUUUCCUAUUUCACUGUGAGUCCUGGUCUGGAUCCCUCACACCGGUCCUAAAAGCCACAGUAUCCUGACCUAAACUGUUCUACUACUCCCUUUAAACAUUAUACUACACUGUACCUCAUCAUACCAUGUUGGCUACAUGUGUCUCUCCUGUCUUAUACCUAAUAAUUUCAGCUAAAUGUUGACUUCACCAACAUCUCUACUGUAUUGGACUUUGCUUUAUUUGAUCACAUCAUAAGGAGUCUCUAUGUCAGAGGGGAAGGAAAAGUAAAUUCUUUUAGAUUAAUGAACAUGUUUUUCAGGAAAAUUCAAUGGAACUAUAAAGACUGGUUGAGAUGUUUCUUAAGACACCAAUAGCCUCAAAACUAAACCCAUCAAGGGCUAUUUUUGGUGGUAGUUCUUUUGACAAUUUUGUUGUGUUGCAGCCAUUUUCCGUUUCACUUGAUCAGAGUCAGUACCCUCAGUUCUGUCUUUAGUGUGCAUCUUUGUGAGAUGGGUUUGUCUAGGAGUUGGCACUGUAUUGAUAAGUGUCAGACUGAAAAAGCAUUCAGCUACUUUCAGUCCGAGCAGACACUCAGGUCUGAGGGCAAAAAUGAUUUAGUUCUUCAGCUAGACGAUUAGUUUCAGCUUCACGCCGGCGUCAUCCAUCUCAUCUAUCUCUCAUUCCUGCUGUAGCUUCAGUGUUACUCAUCCAUCUACUACUCCACUUCUCUCUGUUCCACCAGCUUUCAUCUGUCUAGCUGUCCGCCCAUCCAUCCAUCUGUGUUAUUCAAGUCAGAGGCCCUGGAGUAGGCUGGAUAUUCAAAGUCCCAAAAGGUAACAGGAGCUUACAGCAGACUUCAUGAGCGCUCAAGACUUUCAAAACUAGAAUUACCAUCUUGUAGUUGUAUACCUCUGCGAACCACUUAAGUUGUAGUUAUACUUUACAUCCAUGUCUGUCUAGACUCAUAUGUUGCAAUGACAGUUGACAGUGCUUGCAAAUAUAGAUGAUGUUGUAAAUAAGCUACAAAUUCUAAAACAUGGAUGCUUCACACACAUCUUCAACCCUGCAGCACAGAAGAUUUAUACGGUCAGCACAGUUUCAAGGUGGACACCUAAGAUUAGUGUCACCAAUUUAGUAUCAGACCAAAUAA